AUGGAGUACCUCAAUAACUUCAUAGCCUCGGCCUCACCUACGUUUGAAGGAUGGCAGCAGAAUCCAGGCCAGGACGCGUCUGCGCACGCGCCUACAACAACCUCCACUCCCUCUGCGAGCAACAGAUUUGUCGGCUUUGAUGGUGGCGACUACACUGGCUGCGAGUUCCCCCUUUUAGAGCGGCUGCUCAAUGGCGACGAUAUUAUUAUGUUAGGACAAGUCUUUGGCAUGAAUCUAGCCAGUGAAAUAUUCCAUGGUUUAAGUAACGCUAGAACGAAGAUCAAGGCUCUUGAGGCCGACAAUCUGCGGAUGGAGGAUGAAGCAGUUCAAGGAAACAAGGUUAUCGAGGAGUUGCGCCAGCAACUCACUCUCGCUGCUAGAGCUCCGCCAGUGCCUCCGAGUUCAGCUUUCGCUACAUCAGCCUUUCGCUCUCAGCUUUCAAAGGAACACCCUGAUCCACGACCUUUUGGUAGCCCUGCCUAUCGAAGCCCCGACGAUUUGGAGGAAUUUCUCACUAAACUCAAUAUGAAGCUUAUGCAGAACGAAGACUGGUGGACAACUGAGGUCGCUCGUAUGAGAUAUGUUUACAGCAUGUUAGAAGCUAAGGCGGCUACAACUUUUCAAGCAUACCUCGGUCGAUCCGGUAAUUUUGAAGGGAUUAGCACAGUCGACGAGAUGCAGGACAUCCUUGUUAGGGGCUUUGGUGACAAGCAUCGAGCCUCUAAAGCAUUUUCCAAGAUCAUAGCACUCAAACAAGGUACAACCGACACUACAACCUUUCUCGCUACAUUCCUGAACCUCACAGCUAUUGCGAAGAUCGACAAGAGCGUGGCCAAGGAGUUCCUUCUCCGCUCUACGAACCCUCUGCUUAUCGACAAGCUCUAUAACUCGCCACAAUAUACUGCAAAGAAAACCGCCAUAACACUUACUGAAGUGGUGGAUUUGCUCCGAGACAUCGAACAUUCUGCUCAAUCGCUUUAUGGGAUCAAUUAUCUGAGGAAGGAACACGUUACUAGAGGGGGAGGAGGAGGAGGAGUAACCCCGCAGACAGGUCUUACACCCACCCACGGAGACCCUAUGGACCUUGACGCUGCUCGAUUACAUAAUAGCAACCUUGCUUGGACUAAGCACGACAUCGACAACAAGAGGAGGGCAGUUACGAAGGAGGAGAAGGAUGCUCGCCGCUCUUAUCAAAUUCAGCACAACCUAUGCUUCUAUUGCGACGCUGUUGCUCAUGGCGUUGAGGAAUGUCCUAAGGCUGCGGUGGCGAGAGCCCGCAAGGAAGCUCGGGAUGCUGGCCAGGGAAAAGCCUGAUCCUUGAUAAUCGACGCUGUCAAGGAUUGUUAGAAAAGGGGUGUGUUUUAGAAGUAUCAUCGCUCAGCUCUAUGGAUAGAGUGUUUGAGAUCUCAUGUCAAAUAACCGAUCGAAAUACAACUUCUUCCAUAGCUACUCGGGCGUUGUUGA